UGGCCAGUGUGGCUGUGACUGCUGGGCAACCAACAACGUCGGCGGCAAUAUGGCGCUCAACCUGGUGGCCAAGGUUCACCCUGUGGUUUUCUUCACAAUCUGGGAUUCCUAUGAGCGACGGAAUCCUGAAGCACAUCGUGUUAUCGGCACUUUAUUAGGCACUGUUGGAGUGGAGAAGGGUACUAUUGAGAUCACCAACUGCUUUUGUGUACCUCAUAAUGAAUCAAAGGAAGAGGUGGCAGUGGAGCUGGACUUUGCCAAGGAUAUGUAUGAGCUGCACCGGAAAGUCAACCCAAGCGAAGUGAUUGUUGGGUGGUGGGCAACAGGCCAUGAAAUCACUGACCACUCACUCCUCAUCCAUGACUACUACUCCCGUGUUACCAGCAAUCCCAUCCACCUCACUGUUGACACCACCCUGCAUGGAGGCCGCAUGAACAUUAAGGGCUACGUGAGUGCAAGUAUGGGUGUACCUGGACGCACGCCAGGUACCAUGUUUGCUCCCAUCCCUGUGGAAGUCAUUUCAUAUUCACCUGAGGUUGUUGGAACCAAUGCAACUCAGAAGAGCAAGUACAGCAGGCAGCGCAUUGUGGAACCAUCAACAGACCUGCAUCAGAUCUCGGAGGCAACACAAAAUAUGGAAGCCACCUUAGAUGCCCUAAUCUCAUAUGUGGAUGAUGUGUUGAGUGGAAAAGUUCCAGCAGAUAACUACAUCGGGCGAGAACUUACCCGCAUGGUCAACCAGGUGCCCAAGAUGUCUGCACAUGAGUUUGAGGAGAUGCUCAACACAAACAUGAAGGACCUGCUGAUGGUGAUCUAUCUGUCACAGUUAACCAAGGUCAAUGUGAGCCUCAAUGAAAAGCUGACUAUGUUGGUGGCCACCCAGUGAGUUUCUUAAUGUACUUCCUUUUGGUUUGAGCCAACAUUUGAACCAGGAAGAGAGAAGGGAUCCAGAAAACAUGAAUAAGAUUAUGAGGAAAGACCAUCCAGAAUCUUUCAAUAUGGAUGUUUUAUGUAGCUUGGAAAAUAAACCAUUCAUCUAAUAAA